AUGAAACUUUCCUAUAUUGUUCUCUCUUUUAUCUUCCUCUUCCAAGCAUCUCAAGGAUUCGAUUUCGAUGAAAAGGAGUUAGAGACCGAAGAGAGUGUAUGGAAGCUCUACGAAAGAUGGAGAGGGCACCACUCUGUAUCCAGAGCCUCCCAUGAGGCACUCAAGCGGUUCAACGUGUUUAGACACAAUGUGCUCCAUGUCCACAAAACUAACAAGAAGAACAAGCCUUACAAACUAAAGAUCAACAGAUUCGCCGACAUAACUCACCACGAGUUUAGAAACUCAUACGCUGGCUCUAAUGUUAAGCAUCACCGGAUGCUCCGUGGUCCAAAGCGUGGAUCUGGUGGUUUCAUGUAUGAGAAUGUGACCAUUGUUCCGAGUUCUGUUGAUUGGAGAGAAAAAGGGGCUGUCACUAAAGUCAAGAAUCAACAAGAUUGUGGAAGUUGCUGGGCAUUUUCGACAGUUGCAGCAGUAGAAGGGAUAAACAAGAUCAGAACAAACAAACUAGUUUCAUUGUCUGAACAAGAGCUCGUUGAUUGUGACACUGAAGAGAAUCAAGGUUGCGCAGGAGGUCUCAUGGAACCUGCGUUUGAAUUCAUCAAGAACAAAGGUGGCAUCAAACCAGAGGAGACUUAUCCUUACGAAUUCAAUGACGUCGAGCUAUGCAGAGCUAAGUAUGUUGAUGGAGACAUUGUAACGAUCGAUGGACACGAACACGUCCCUGAGAAUGAUGAAGAAGCACUUCUCAAAGCUGUUGCCCACCAACCUGUCUCUGUAGCCAUUGAUGCUGGGAGCUCAGAUUUCCAGCUUUACUCUGAGUAUAAUAUUAAAGCAACAUAAUGCCAACGGGCACUAUGACCUUGUACCCCACAGAUUUGACAUCGACCUUGGUAUCCCCGACCUUGAGACCGGCUGUCGGAACGCGACUGGUAGUGUUGCGGUUGUUGUGACUGAUUUCCACGAGAGCGAUUAUUGGUAUUGUAGUUGUUGCGAUUGUUGUUAUGUCCCGAGUUUUUGUGGGCUACAACAUUAGCGGAAGCAGGCACAGAUGGAGACGCAGCAGCAAGUAGGGUCUGAAGCUUCAGCUCAUGGUUAAUCAGCUUCUCAUGAAGCACCGUGAGCGAUGGUGGAGUGUCACGACCUUCAACUUGGUCGUGAACUUGCUUAUACUCGUCAGACAGUCCGCCGAGGAUGUAGUCAAUCUGAUCUUCAUGAGCAAUCGGACUCUCAAGCAACGCCAAUUGAUCGAAACGCGUAGUGAAUCCGAGGAAGUAUUCAUCAAUCGUUUUCGUACCUUUCUUCCAAUGUUUGAGUUGAGUACGCAACUGUUGAAUGUGACCACGGCUGGGAUUAGCGUAAGUGUCGGUGAGUGUAGUCCAAAUCUCGGCCGUUGUGUUAGCCUUGGACAAAACGGGUUGCACCGCAACCGAAAUGGUGCCUAAGAGACUCGAAAAUAUGAGUUGAUCCUGUCGUUUCCAAUGUUUGUAAGCUGGGUUGGGAGUGGUUACACCGUCGGAGAUAACCGUGGCGUUAGGUACACCAGUCGAUCCAUCGAGAUAUCCAGCGAGGUCAUAGCCAUUGCACAAGGCAUGAACUUGACGUUUCCACAUCAGAAAGUUUGUGGAAGUGAGCUUCGUAACAUUGGACAUAUUAAUAUUGAGAAGUGCAGUUGCAUCAACGGUGGCAACAACUUCUGAGGAAGACGACAUGGCCGUAAAUGAAGAAGCGUGAAGAGGAAGAAAGAGAAGAAGAAGAAGAAGAGGAAGAGAGAAGAGGCGGCCGUAAAAAAAAUUUUAGGUCUUUUUAGGAUAGCACUGCUCUGAUACCAUGUAAAGUAUCACUGUGUUAUUUCAUUAAGAUGAUUUACAAGACAUAUUUAUAGGACUAAACCAUAGGGUUUAAUGAUUAUAUAAUUACAUUUA